GCCUACUGUAUUUUGUUAUAAGCGCUUGCGGGGAGGAAAAAAGGUCUUUCUUUCAAAACGAUUACAAAUGUAUCACUCGAAUAUUUUCGUUCAAAAAAUAAUACCUUUUAUAUACCUCUUAUACAUAUAUUAUGUUUAAAUCACCAAUAUAUCGUUAAUAUGUAAAGCUUAUCUUUUGAACACAGUAGCGCUGUUCUUUACUGGAGAAUUAUUUUUGAAUUGCUGUGAAAAUGGAGGCAGGGAAUCCUAGCAAAGAUGCACCAACGCCCGGCAAUGCCACUCAAUACGAGGAAGUUUCACUUUCCGAUCACGAUGCCGUCAGGAAAGAAAAAUUCAACAUUAUGAAGAACAUCCUCUUAAUUUGUUUGUCAUUUCUUCUGAAUUUCACUGCAUUCCACGGAAUAUCAAAUCUUCAGUCUAGUUUGAAUUCGGAUGAAGGUUUGGGAACGGGAUCUCUAUCUAUCAUAUAUGGAACUCUGAUUAUCUCCUCAUUGUUUACACCAACUUAUGUGAUAAGACAUCUCGGAUGCAAAUGGACGAUGUUCGGUGCGAUUCUGGGUUACACAACGUAUUCACUUGCAAACUUCUAUCCGACAUGGGGAACAUUGGUUCCCGGAUCUAUUAUUCUAGGGAUUUCUGGCGCUCCUUUGUGGUCAGCAAAAUGCACGUAUUUAACAACAGCUGCCAAACGAUAUGCACGAUUGUCGCGGGAGAGUGUAGAUGCUGUUAUCAACAGAUUUUUCGGAAUAUUUUUCCUAAUAUUUCAAAUGAAUCAAAUCAUUGGGAAUUUGAUUUCUUCAUUUGUUUUAUCGACGGCUAACACAACGAGUUUAGAGUUCCCAGAUAGCGUCAGCCAAGAAGAAAAGUUGAGAAUCGCGGAGUUCUGUGGUGCCAAUGAUUGUCAGAAUGGAACUGGAAGAGACGAAUCAACCAGCGAAGCAAUUCCAAAUGAGACCAUUUAUAUAUUGAUGGGAAUCUACACGGCAGUUGGUUUUUUAGCCGCAGCCAAUGUAGGAUUAUUCGUGGACAAGAUUAUUAUCAGAAACAAUGAAAGCCGAGGAGCGAAGGAACUCCUAAUCGGAACAUUCUCUCAUAUGAAAAAUCAAUAUCAAAUAAUGUUGAUAAUCAUCACAAUAUACUCGGGAUUUGAACAAGCUUUUAUAACGGGUGAUUACACCAAGUCAUUUAUAACAUGUCCGAUUGCUGUCAACUGGAUUGGCCUGACGAUGAUUUGUUUUGGAGCUGUUGAUUCUAUUUGUUCGUUUAUGUUCGGACGAAUUGAAAAAUACACGGGUCGAGUGCCUCUGUUUUCUAUGUCAACUCUCAUAUUUCUUGCGAUAUUUAUCACACUACUAGUAUGGGUUCCUUACCCAACGAGUCCAGCUCCCUUCUUUAUUAUUCCAGCGUUUUGGGGAAUUGCUGAUGCAGUAUGGCAAACGCAGCUGAACGCUUUGUACGGCGUACUUUUCUUUGACCGACAAGAAGAAAGUUUUUCAAACUAUAAGUUAUGGGAAUCCAUAGGAUUUGUUGUUGCGUUCGCUUACCAAAGUUACGUUUGUGUCUACGUCAAAUUAUACGUACUUCUCAGUUUUCUAAUUGUUGGAAUGAGCUUGUAUCUUGCUGUAGAGUUAUUAGAAAAAAAACGGAAGAUGAAUCAAAAAUCUGCUAAUACAUCAAAAGAUCAUUCCGAACGAAAACAGUCAUUUGACAACAUACGUCACAAUCCAGAAGACAAUGUAACAAGUUUUUGAACAAAGUCCAAAUUUUCUAAAUCAAACUUUAGUUCAUAACAUUUUGUGAUCUUUGUAUAACUUAUACUCUAAAUACGCACGCUCUUGUUGAAACUAUGUUUACAACAAUGUAAUAAGCUGAAUAUCCCAAUGAAUCUCAUUAUAUUCAUAAUGCGUCACCAGAUAUUAUUGGGUUGCUUGCGCUGUAGCAAAAGUUCAGUCUAGUAAUAUAUAUCAUCAAUUGCAUAACAUGUACGCAAAAAUCAGUAAAUCUUUGACUGCGCAAUAAUUUACCAAUUUAUCACGUCUUCGAAUUUGGAAAAACUAAAAAUUGUUUUGAUCUAAUCAGAAGAAAAAGUUUAACCAACAGAAUUUGUAACAUUUUUGUCUGCUCUGGCUCUCUUUAUCAUUUCCCGUACUAUCAUGGAAAACAGCUGCAUAUUUGUUGCUCGAUAUGUACAAUACUUUUUCGGUAUCAUACAAGGCAAUUUUUCGUAGCAUGAAAUGCUUUUUAGACCCACAAGACCUCUGAAAACACACGUUUUUCUUAAUUUUCUUCGACUACCGGAUAGCACAAUGUUGACUACACAUUCUCAGGUGCUCAUCAACCGUUUGAAAAACAGUGUCAAAACGUGGUGAAACGGUGAUAAAAUCAUUUGAUUUGAAUCACUGGUCAUCACAAAUGCUAUUCAACUGCAGUUACACAGCAAGAAAUGUAGCAAUCAUUAUAUAUACAUAUUACUUCAGUAUCAUACUAUUUACAAGUCACUAUUCGUCGAAGCCAUGAUUUGUCCCAUGGGACUAUUAAUUUGGUCAUUAUGUAGCGGUGAACAAAAGCAAGCUGCUAUAUAUAUAUAUAUAAUAGAAGCCCUGUGUCUGUCGGACUGAUUUUUUAUAUAUGUCCAAAGAAAGAGAUAAAAAGAGGAGGCCCAGUUAGUAACAUUAAGGCGGUGUUCGGUUAGUAGACGAUUGGCAACUAUGCCCUAUGGAAAAUUGUCACAAAACAAAUUCAUCUUGUCAGUGAUAACCAAUUGUACAAGUGAAACGCGCAAGAGAAAGAUAGAAAGCGAGCGGGACUUGGCGAGCGCAGUAGGCUAUCUACCUAUUCCAUCCGAUUACUA